AUGGUGCAAUUGAGUCUCCGCAACGCGCGAUCGCCUCCACAACGGACGAAUACCAGACAUGGUGGAAGAGUCACCCGGAAUCAGAAGCAGCCUCACACUCCACGAAAGCGCAAUCGCCGCGCUGACCAGUUCUGCGUACAUACCGUGGCUAACGAGCGAAGGAGACCGAUAUACGCGGUGCAGUUCAAAGCACCACACAAGGUGACAAUCUCGGAACUGGUGGCGGGUCUGCAUGAGAUGGACCUGGCCCGCGAUGUUAUUAAUCAGGAAGGCGAUACGUUUGAAUAUCAUGCCACCCGUCUUGUCGCUGCUGUGGUCACUCAGAUCUUCUCAUAUAUGAUCGAUAGUGGGGUUCAAGAUGGCUAUAUCUGUACCGGAGAAGCUUUUGUUUUUCUCCAUAUCCCAGAAGAUCCUACUGUUGUUCAGUACUACUUAUGUGUGCCAAAUCAAGACGUACAGGCGAACGAUCAGUGCCGUCUCCACCGGACUGCUAUCGGCCAGGUGCUCGCGUUCACUCUUGGAGCGCUCGCUGCCAAGGCUCCAUCACAAGAGUGGCAUGAUACAGAACACGAAGAGCUUACGACUUGGAAAGUCGAAUAUUUAGACAUUCUGCGGGAGAUCCCCGAAACCAGUCGACGUGAAGGCCCGGCAACCUUUAUUUAUCGACCUUCGCACUGGAAGUUUGAGCCGAAGACACAUAACACACGGCCGCGAGCUCGCUUGAUGAAGAAAAUCAUUCUCCGUCUACCGCAGCAGCAGCGCGCAGCCGGUCGAGUCGAAGCAGGGGCAACAAACACCCAGUCAUUUGGCCAGCGCGACAAGGCCGAGAAGUCUCAAGUGGAUAACCAGACUACACGAACUUACUGUACGAUGGCCUGUAUACGUGGCAUAGUCAACCGAAAUCCCCUGGAUGAGGAAUGCCCAAAUUUUCGGAGCCAUCGGCAAUAUCCUAGCAGUCAGAGGCAUUCAAUAGGCCCAGCAGACUUCACGCGCAGACUCCACCAUCAACUAGCACAGAAUCGACAUGAGGGAUUUGAACAGUUACAUGUACGCGGCCGAACGGGCUUCUUGAUGAAGGCAACCCUUCUCACACAUGGAUACACAGUGGUCAUCAAAGCCACCACAACAAAGAAGCAGUAUCGUCUUCAGGCAGAGUUGGAAAACUACAGCCACCUGAAAAGCCUGCAGGGCUAUUAUAUCCCUGUCUGCAUUGGGAUGUUCAACCCAAGUGUUGCAUAUUGGUAUCACGGUCAACUAAUGGUGCAGAUGAUGAUUUUAAGUUGGUCUGGGAUGCGACUUCAGUAUUUUAUCAACGACCAAAACUCCAGCUUCUUUGAAAGGGAGCGCAAUGAGACUCUGGCUGUUCUACAAUCGCACGGAAUCAUCCAUGGUGACAGUGAGUGGCGUAAUAUGCUGUGGGACGAUGUGGGCCGCCACUUGUUUGUCAUUGACUUGGAAGACGUGAAGUGGCUAAAACGCUCUCGUGCUCUUGAAUUGGCCUCGGGCAAUGGGCGUCAGGUCCAUUGUGUACGGGAUGUGAAGAGCAAGCAAUGCCUUGCAUCUAGCUCGAAUGGUGUCUGCACAUGA